AUAGGAGACUGCCCUGCCUCAGUUCAUCCGUUAGAAGGGAGGUGCAAAAUCGACUGUUUGUCAGACAAUCACUGUCAACGUUGGCAAUACUGCUGUAAAACUGGCUGCUGGCAAACGUGUGGUAAGGACUAAAUAAUCGUGAACGAACAAGACCGUGUAGGUUUAAGCUUGUACAUAGUCCUUUGGAUAUUAUUCAAGUCGAGAAGACACAGUCAAGAAGAUGUAUAAAAUUAUUUUCGUUAGCAUAGUCCUUAGAAUAAGAAUUAUUCUAAAACCCUAGAAUACCUGAUCGAAUUUCCCAUAAGCGACCACAGGAGAGAGGAGAGGUAUGGAAAGGCUUGUUGAAAAGGGCAUGGCUUGGCUUUGAUAGAUUGUGCUCGGCAACAUUCCCGGAACAUUAAUUAAGAACUGUAGUGAUUUAAAUUGCGCGAACGAUGUUGAAAUCGAAUGCUGCUUCACGAAGGUGUUUUUUUUCUUGGUAUACAUUUGUUUUACUCACGAUAACGAUAUCUGUGAUGGGAGCUUCGAGUCCUAACUUCCCUAAAUGAGACAAAAAUAUGCAAACUACACCCAUAAGCGCGCCCCUGUUUCUUUUAUAUGGGGAAGUUGUCUCUUUUUAGGGAUUCGAACUGUGGUACUUUGACUUUAAAUACUGAUUCUGGUAUUUUGGAUGGGUGACGUGGUCCCCUGGUAUCAUAGGUGGUCGCAACAGUUUGAGUUUUAAGUGUAUUUACACUGAUCCUUCUAUUUUGUUGAUUCUAACGGUGGUGCUUUGACUUUAAAUACUGAUUCUGGUAUUUUGGAUGGGUUGUCACCAGCUAUUAUAGAUGGUUGCAUCAGUUCGAGGUUCAAGUGUACUAACACUGAUCCUGCGUUUUAAUUGAUAGCAAAUUAUACAAAGUGCCAGCUACAAAAGAUUAAGUCAUCAAUACUGAGAAGUCCAUUCACUCCUACCUGCAAGGCCGACGGAAGCUAUCAGGAAAUCCAGUGCAUCACGACACCAAGCUUAAAGUGCUGGAGAGUGGACCGGGAAGGCAGGAAGAUUCAGGAUGUAGACGUUAAAAUCCAACAUGAUGCUGCUAUUCGACAAUCAGAUGCAAGAGUAGGACAGAGGAUUGGGCGUUUUUUCAGCAUGGAAGAUGAUGAAAUAGGUAGUUUGUACAGACAACUUUAGUUUUGGGGUACACAUUUAAAGAUUCAAGUUGGCCACUACAAUGGCUUGAACUAGCUCUUUUUUCCCGUCUAAAACAGGUUUUCCGCACACUUCUUGACAUUUGUUCUGAAUUCAAUUUUUUAUCAGCUCCGCCGCAAAAGUACGAAGGGAAGGAGACCAAACAACUAAAUGGGGAAAUUAAACUAGGCAAUUAGAACGUACUUAAAUUCAUUCUAAAAAUGGGUGACAGGGACACCUGAGCAGCCGAGGGCAAUUACUGCGGACCCACGGGGGGUACUCCCUUAUAAUGGCCUAUACAGGGAGGCUCCGCCCGAAAGGGGUUUUUUUUUUUCAGGCUUCACGUUUUUAAAGGGUUAAGAUUUCAUUAGUUGAAGUAUAUGAAAAAGAAGGGAAAUCUGUCAUUGCGUUCUGCAAAAGAACCUAAAAGAGUUAACAGGUGAAUUUUAUGGCUGUCGGAAAGACAAGAAAACUUUCUGGUUUAUCAGUUUAUUCACAUUUAAGAGACUUUGCAUAAACCGCAGUUAAAAGGGAUGCAGCGUUCUAACCAAGAUAUUUGAAAGGGGCACAAUUUGUCAAUAAAAGAUAUACAAAAGGGGCACCCUUUCUGUCAAAAAAGGUAUAUCGAAGGGUAAGGGGUUAGACCUCGGGGCGGAGUCUCCUCGUAUAAAAUUUUGAAGAGUACCCAGCCUGGGCUGCGGGCUCUUUUUCAAAUUAUUUUGUAGCUUAGCCAACCCGACGCAAUGACGAAGGGGAAAAAACUAUUUUCUUAAACGUUCCCCCUGCAAAACAACCCGGACCUUUAGCAAAGAAGGCGAGAACGUACGUCGACGUCUAUCGCAGUUGGAGUACUGGGUGGAGAUGUCAGACCCAGAAUUAGCUUUUCUUUACGAGAAUCCGGAUUUUCCCUUCGGCAGCUACAAACGAUGCAUUAAUCUGGAUGUUAUGGAAAACAAGAUUUUCUACGCCUUGCUUCAGCUCUUCAGCUCUCACCAGUCUUCACUGAAUGCGGACAGAGAUGUAUUUUUGUGUGUGUGUUACAAUAUGGAAGGAUUUUGUUAAUUACAUAAGUGCUCCCAAAACAAUUCAACGCCUAAUCGUCGCAGCUCGUAGUAAAACGUCUUAACCCUUUGAACAUCCUUUUUGUCAGUAAGCCAAAAGGUUUGGACAUCCACAAACUGUCAAAAAAGCAAAAACACACAUGGGAACAUUCCAAAAAAUACGUUCACAACACAACCGGAGUUGUACCGAAAUGGCGUCCCGAAUGUCGUAAUGUGGACGUGAAGGCAUGCGCAGUAACACUGAAUGUUGAUUUCGAUCGUUCCAGUUCUCUCUGAUAGAUCGAUAAAGGUCCAUGUUUUUACAGCAGGUCGUGGACACGCGACGACAAAUGGUUCUCUCAAAUUUGAUCGAACGCAGUCCCUAACAAUUCAAAUCCAGGAAAAUUUGCCAACAUUUGGCAAAUUAAGUGAGAUAAUCUGUUUUAGCGACACGCCCGUUGCCGUCGUGGUUGCCGAAGCUCCCUUUUCUUUCGCAUACAAAUUUAUAUCUACGAUUUACAAUAUGUACUUCAAUUGCGCUAUUAUUAUGUUUUCCAGAGGAGAACGAUAGAACGCAAGGGAAAACGAAGUGCGAGAGAGCUCGUGAACGCAGACUUCAAAGAAGGAAAACACGGUCGACCGUGUUUGUGCCAAAGUGCAAAGCAAACGGGCAAUUUAGAACGACACAGUGCCACAAAAGAACGAAGACUUGCUGGUGCGUCUAUGAAGAUGGAAAGGAAAUUCCCGAGACAAGAGUCAAA